UGGAAACAGCUGCCCCCGCCCGGCUCCCCUUGCCCCGACUCGGGGCUCCACCGCUCCCACUUGGCGCCUCUCGGAAUCCCCGACCUCGGGCGGCGGGGGCGCCCCGGGAGCACCGCAGCCGCGACGAUGCAUUCCGUAGACCUCCCUGCUCGGCCGGGACGGACCUCCUAAAGCCCCAGAACUGCGGGCCGCCGCGGGGGAGUUCAAGCGCUGCUUUCCUCUCUUCCUUCUCUCUCUCUCUGGCUUGUUUUCUCCUGGAACGUGGUCUUCACUUUUUUUUUUUAAGUGUUUUUUUAUUUUUGUUUGUUUGUUUGUUUUCUUUCCCGACCGGCGGGAGCCCGGCGGAGCCGCCCCGGUGUGCGACUCAGCUCCGUAGACGGGUUUUCUAGGUCUGUGUAGCAUCUACUUUGGACACCUGAGCACGCUGGCGCCUCUCUCUCUCUCCCACGGGGGGCACGGCUUGUUGAUUUGGACGUCCUCCUGCACCCUGGCACUUGCCACUCCGAACGCAGUGUGACCCAACUCCCCAGUCCCUUGCCCUGGACGCGGAUCGCCGGGCGCUGCACGAGGCUAGUUUAGCUGCAAGGCCUGGGACCUCCCCGUCCCCCCACCCCCCACCCCGCCGCCAGCGGUUUGGGGGAAGUUUACAUCUGGAUUUUCACACAUUUUUUUUUUUUAAUUUGGUUCGCCACUGCCCAGACUGUGAUUUAUCCUUGUGGGCGCCGGGUUUUCGAGACUGCAGCCUCCUCAAAUAUUAGCACUGCCUUCCCGCGCCUGCCCCGUCCCUCCCGGCCGCCGAGGUCCUGCCCUGGUCCCGGCGGAUCGCAAGUCCGAGGGCGCCGUGGAGCCCAGGGCCUGGGGCCCGCGCUGAGCAGCUAUGGCUGCGGCGAUAGCCAGCUCGCUGAUCCGGCAGAAGCGACAGGCGAGGGAGUCCAACAGCGACCGGGUGUCGGCCUCCAAGCGCCGCUCCAGCCCCAGCAAAGACGGGCGCUCCCUGUGCGAGAGGCACGUUCUCGGGGUAUUCAGCAAAGUGCGCUUCUGCAGCGGCCGCAAGAGGCCAGUGAGGCGGAGACCAGAACCCCAGCUGAAAGGAAUUGUGACAAGGUUAUUCAGCCAGCAGGGAUAUUUCCUGCAGAUGCACCCAGAUGGUACCAUUGAUGGGACCAAGGACGAAAACAGUGACUACACCCUCUUCAAUCUAAUUCCUGUGGGCCUUCGUGUGGUGGCCAUCCAGGGGGUGAAGGCCAGCCUCUAUGUGGCUAUGAAUGGUGAAGGCUAUCUCUACAGCUCAGAUGUGUUCACUCCUGAAUGCAAAUUUAAGGAAUCUGUGUUUGAAAACUACUAUGUGAUUUAUUCUUCUACACUGUACCGUCAGCAAGAAUCAGGCCGAGCGUGGUUUUUGGGACUCAAUAAAGAAGGUCAAAUUAUGAAGGGGAACAGAGUGAAGAAAACCAAGCCCUCAUCACAUUUUGUACCCAAACCGAUUGAAGUGUGUAUGUACAGAGAGCCAUCACUACAUGAAAUUGGAGAAAAACAAGGGCGUUCAAGGAAAAGUUCUGGGACACCAACCAUGAAUGGAGGCAAAGUUGUGAAUCAAGAGUCAACAUAGCUGAGAACUUUUCCCCUAGUCACCCUCUCAUCCCUUCCCUUUCUCUUCCCUCCCCUUUACCCAUGUCCUUCCAAUUAAACCCACCCAAGGAGAGGAAAGUAAAAUGGCAACGUGGGACCUAGUGGCUAAGUUUCUGCGCUCAAAUCUUCCUUCUGUGUAGGAAAAAAAAAAGAAAUGUACCAAAGCUUGCCUGUUGCAAUGUGGUAGAAAAUGCACAUGCACAAAGAUUAGUACAUAUCAAAGCAAUGGAAAAAUCAACUGAGACUCCACCAAUAUUAAAGUUAACUGAACUGUUAUUAACAGAGGGCUAUAAUUGUAAUGAAAACAUACUGUAAUAAAGAUAAAAUUGUAGUUAUCUUAAAGAAGAGAUUUUGGAGAAUUAAACUUGUAAAUCACCACAAUUCCCUAAAUAGUUUAACUCUGGAUAAUAUGCUUUCUUUUUGAUUUUGAUGUAUGCUUUCUUUUUGAUUUUGUACUUUCUCUAGACCUCUGGAAUUAACAAAUAAUUGCAUUAUGUUCCCAGAAUAUUUUCUGUUAUGGUAUUGAAGUUGUAGAAAUGACAGUUCUUCCCAUGGUCUAAAUUAUGUCAUCAGAAAUCAUUUAUCAAGAAAAGACUUUAAAUUUAUUUUUUAAGUUAUUAUUUAAGAUUGGUUAUACUAACCCAUAUAAUGAACUUAAGGUAUUUGCUGAUUUGGUACCUUCGUUAAAAAAGAGGUUCAGGGGCUGGAGCGAUAGCACAGCGGGUAGGGCAUUUGCCUUGCACACGGUCGACCCAGGUUCGAUUCCUAGCAUCCCAUAUGGCCCCCGAUCACCAACAGGAGGAAUUCCUGAGUGCAUGAGCCAGGAGUAACCCCUUAGUAUUGCCGGGUAUGACCCAAAAAGCAAAAAAAAAAAAAAAAACAGAAAAAAAAAACAAAAGAGUUCAGAUUCUCAAUUGGAAAUAUCAUAUUUUGUCAAGAUAUCAUAUUUUGUUAUUUAGAAAAAAUGCUGUUCUGGCAAUAAGGUGACUUAUGAGAAUUAUUUGUCAUUGCCAUGCUCAGGUAGUGAUGUACAUGUUAUAAUAUUGUAAUUUGUCCAAUGUUCUACUUUGUGGACACCUUUGAAAGAACAGGUGCAUGUAUGAGACUUAGACAACUCAGACCUUCUCUUGCAGCAGGAAAGAAAGGGAGUUUGCAUAUGAAAAUAGUCCUAUAAAACUGAUCAAAGAAAAUUGUAUUUGCCUUUGUACCUUACUAGAGUUUAUGUAUAUAGUGUUUCCAUGUACUACCAACAAACUGGGAGGCAGAGCUGUGACAUUCCUAACUUACCAAUUUCUGAAAUCAGUGACUUGUUUGUUGCUGCGUGCUAUUGUUUUUUAUGUCCAGUUGACAAUAACCGUCUCCUACGAUACCGGAGGAUAUUUGUAACACACAAAACUAUCAAGAGAUAGGAAAGAGUAUGGAAUCAACAGCAGUGACUCCAAAAGAUAGAAUUGUAUGAGUGAUGCAAAAGAGUUUUUCAAAAUGUGUAAGACUAGGCAAAUAUCGGAAUACUAAAGUAUUUGGAAAAAAUUAGAAAAGAAAUGAUUGUCAUGAAACUUUCUUGGAAAAUUAUAGAUUUAUUUAGUAUACAAAUCAAGAAAGCUAUAAAGACAUCCAAAUCAAAACAAAACAGAAUGUUAAAAAAAUGUAUGCAGAUUUAUGGAUAUUAUCAAUGAGAAGACUUAGCAUGUUACUUCUCCUAUAGCUCUACUGUCCAGCAUGUAUUGUUCCAAAUAUGACUCCCUAAAAUAUAUACACAUUGCAGAAGCUCUAGGUCCUUACUUCAACGACCUUGCCAUUGGUUGCUGUAUUCUUUCAAGGUCAAUGUAGUUUCCCUCACUCCACACAAUUGUUAUUUCAAUAGUGGUUUGUGUCCUUCACCAAGUAUUCUAUUUGUGUUUUCAGGAAGUUAGCAAAAAAGGAAAUGGUGGAAUUUGCCUAAUGAGUUGCAAAGAGCAAAAGUUAUGCAUCUAGACAAGAAUUUUGAACACACAUUUGCAAGCAAUAUUUGUUUAAGCAAAAUAUUUGUUGAAGUACCAAAUAAAGACAUUUAAUUUGAAAAAAAUAGGAAUAUUGCUUUUCUAAGAAAAUAAUACCCUUGUGAAAAAAUACAUAUCUUGUAUUUUUCCUUGUCACUCUCAAUUGAUUCAACUUGAUAGUAAACACACCUGUCAUUUCCCAAGGACUAAACAGAUCCCAAGAAAAAGCCUCAUUUUCUUUUUAAACAAUAUUUAAGAGAUAUAGAAAUUGGGACACAAGCUCAUUUAUAAUGAAGUGACAUAAGCUUUUGUGGUGAUAUAGAUGUGUAUAUACACAUACUACAAUCUUAUUUGCAAUAAAAUUGACAGUCUCAUAAAACACUAUCACUUAUGCUGAUUUCAUUCUUAUUAUAUUUUAUCCACUAAGAUACUAUAAAAUAUGAUAUAUGAAUCUCAAAAAAACUCUUUUCUUUAUUUUCAAAGGCUACCCUUUAUUAUGUAAAUUCAUUGUUCUCUUUUCCUACAGAAUUGGAAAAACCCAAAAUUUUUACCACCUUGUUUGCAUACUCUUUUCUCCAUAUUACCUUAGCAAAUUUUCACCACAGUAGAAUGUUUUGGAAAUUAUCUCUGUAAGAGAAUAAAUUAAGAGCUUCAUAUUUCCUUUACAGCUUAGCUUGACAAAAAUAAUGGUUUAGAGCACAGUAAACAUUUAUUUAACUGAUUGCUUUAUAAGUGCAUAAAAUCUUUAAUAGAAAAGUCAGUAUUCACUAGAUUUCCAAAGUACCAAAUAUAAGCAUAUAAUUAUUUUUCCCAAAAAUUAUAAAUCAGGUUUAAUAAUUUUUUAAGUUUAUUCCAACAAAAAUAGCUAUUUACUGUUAAUAGCAUUACUCCAAUUUCUGGGUCUCAAUCCAUCCAUUACUUAUUCUUCUAUAAAUAAGUUUUUUGACUGCAUUUGUAUUUCUUCAGGAAUAACUGUGACUUUUAGUAAAGACUCGUCAUUUACAAUGUACAUACACAUUAAGAUGUGUUUAUCCCAUAACUCCUUAUUAUAAUGUUUUAAAAUCAAUGAACUUAAGAUUGAUAGCUAAACUUUUGAGAAUCUUAUGAAAUAGUGUUCUGUUCAAUAUACCUGAUUUGAAGUUUGAAGUUUGAGGUAUAGAAACAAAAUGGUGCUGAAGUUCCAUUGACUUAUUCAGAGACAUUUGUGCUUCAGGAAACCUAGGCUUGAUCACAUUAAUACUUUGAGUUUUGAAAUUUUUACUUAUGAAUUUCAUAGCACAUUUUAGUCACUAUAGAUUGACACUCUAAAAAGACAUCCAUCUGAUAUAAAUUGUGGUGUUUUAUGGGCCUCAUUCUAACCUAGAUAGCUUAUUGGAAAAAUUCUUCUACUUAAGAAAAUGGCAAUACUGGGGCUGGAGCAAUAGCACAGCAGACAGGGCAUUUGCCUUGCACGCAGCCAACCCAGGUUCGAUUCCCAGCAUCCCAUAUGGUCCUCUGAGCACCGCCAGGGGUAACUCCUGAGUGCAGAGCCAGGAGUAACCCCUGUGCAUUGCCAGGUGUCACCCUAAAAGCAAAAAAGAAAAAAAGAAAAAAGAAAAUGGCAAUACUGUAGAUCCAUGUUCAAGAUAAAUCAGUGGUCCCGUGGAGCCACUAGCAAGCUAACAGAGUAUUCAAAAAGAGAAUUAAAAUGUUUACUGUGCAAGGCAAAGUUUCAGGGUCCUAAGUUGGGGCCUCUUGAUUUCUUGGUGAAGAAGCAUGACUUCAUCAACAGUAAAUUUUUUUUAAAUAAAGACCCAGAAAUAGAAAAUCUUCUAUUCCACCUUCAUGGCUUAGUCUAGAAGGCCUUGCUGUGAGAAGGUUUUCCAUUGAUGUUGCUUAAUUUCAUCUGCAAAAGGUGAAAUCCACUCAACAGUAAAAUCCCCUACUCAUUUUAAUAUCAUAAAAGGCUGAGAUUAUUUCUCUGUCAUAAAAUUGUAAAUAGCAUUUUUUAAAUCAGAUUCGCAUUUAAAAGAGUGGAUUGUUCUACAAAUAUAUAUGUGUAUAUAUACAUAAGCUUCUGAAAUAAGGAUAUAUUACAUAGAGUUUUUUGACUUGUGGUCUUUAGUUAUAGGUAGUCAAAAAUUAAAAGAUUUGAAUGCAAAACUUUAUAUAUAAAUGUAUAUUUCUAAUGAUAGUAAAAAUUGCCACUUUAUAAUAAAAAAGAAACUGGUAGGAACAAAAAUGAAGCACAUGCUCCUUCAGAAUUUUAGUGAUUCUGAAUCCCCUCUUUGAUCCAGAAGUUACUAUUUUUUAUUUCUAAAAAAAAAAUCUUAAUCUGUACAUGCUUAAUAAUAUGUAUUCUGGGAUUGUCAUAACAGUCUGAAUAAUCUAUGGUUAAGGACAAGAAAGAGAUGCUAAAUACAAAUCUUUAUCUUUCAGGAUUUUUAUUUGACCCAUUAAAAAUUCAGUAUUUCAUAUCUGAAUUAAAUGAAAAUUUCUCAUGUUAAGUAUGAUAUAUUUGGCUUCAGUAAAACACAGAAGCACAAAAUAUAUUUAACUUUAUGAUAAUAGAAUCAAAUGUCAAAAUAUAAAUGGCAUCAUUAGAUGUUUUAUUAGUUGGUUACAUGUCUUUGUCUUUGCUCCAGGCAAAGCUUAAGGAUGGUAGUGUUCAUUUUACUUAAAGUUGCUCAACAAAAGUCCAAAAUGUGCACCCAUAAUCCUAAUUGGUCUUGGUUUCUUUAUAAGUCUAGCUCUUGAAAUCUUAAGAAAUCAUUGCCAUUGAAAUGUUUAAUAAAUGUUGUAUGAGAACUGGGCAAAUUAAUGUUUCAUUUUUGCAUUAAAAACAAAUUAUUCAAAUCAUGUUUUUUGAGGUCAGAUUUGUAAAGUGUUUAUACAUCACAAUCUUAUAGAGUAAAAAAAGCAAUUAAAAUCUCGAGAUGCUCAUGCAUGUAGACAAAGCACUUGCACCUUUUUAUUAACAUUAAACUUCUUCGGAAGUCUCUUGCUUUUAUUUAAUGCCUUUAUCCUAUCGUGUGUGCUUUUAAAAAGAGCUGACGUAUCUUACAUAAAAAUGAUGAAAAAUGGGUACCAAGUUAAAACAUUUUUCACAUUUUAGUCACAGAAAUAGUCUUUCUAACUACAUGUAGAAAAUCUAGUAAUUUGAUUUUUGAAGAUUAAGAACAAAAAUAUCUGUUGAAAACUCACAGAGACUUGAAUGAUUUUAUUCAUCAGAAACAAUAGUCUAAAUAUCAAGGAAAAUCAUGUACAUAAUAUUAUACCCCAAACUAUGUUUUAUAACAGGUGCAUUAUUCAUGUUUUGAAAGGAAAGACUGAAGGUUAAAAGGAGAAUGGUUUCUAUUGAGCAAUAGAAGAGAGAUGACUGGUCAAAAUCCUCAAAUAUAGGAAAGAGCUGAAGAAAAUUCAUGAAAACAUUACAAAACAAGAUUUAUUUAGGAAACACUUGGUAAUGAAAUAGUUUUCAGAUGUAGAAAUAGGAAAAUGAAUUCAAAUUUUAAAAAAAUGAUAAACUAUUCGAGGUAGUGCUAGUAUGCAAGAGUGAAAAUGAUUAUACUUUUUGGAGUUGCAAUCCUACUUUCCCACAGUUACAACCAUGCCAAUAUCCCACCAGCAUAUUCCAUUGUGUUAUUUCAGUCCCCAUGUCUUACCCUUAGUAACCUUAAUUCUGGACUCUUUUGACAAAAUCUUUCUUCUUAUUGGAUAUUGUGUAUUGCCUUGCUUUGAAAAAAUAAUACACCCCAUUUGAACGUUUAUCCAGUAUUAUAUUUCUACCACUGAUUUAUUUCACAAAGCAGAUCCUGUUCAGUUCAUUCCAUGUAAAGUAUUUUGUUUUAUAUAUGUAUAUACAUAUAUAAAACAAAAAACAAAACCUUAUCUACUGAUUUGUCACUGAGUACUGGGCACUUGAGUGGUUUCCAGAUCUUAUCUGAAAUGCAUUUGAUACCCAAAUGUUAUCAUUUUGAGUUUGAAUUUUUUUUUCCUCAGGAUAGACACCUAGAAGUAAAAUUUCUGGAUCUGUUUUUCAAGUUUUGAAAAGAAACUCUGUGCUGUUUUUCACAUGGGCUGAACCAAUUUACAUUGACACAAGCAGUGAGUGAGAGUUCCUUUUCCUCUGCUUCCCUGCCACCACGGGUUUCUAGCUUUUUUAAUAUCUGCCUUUGUCACUGGCUUGAGCUGACAUUUUUUUGAUUUACAUUUCAAUGAUAAUUAGUGACUAUGAAUAUUCUAUAUCCUUAGAGAAGUGUUUGUUCCCCAACUUUCACAGAAUUUUCUUGUUUUUGAGUUUUGUGAAUUAUAUAUAUAUAUACAUAUAUAUGUACAUACAUACAUAUGUAUAGUAGCCCUUUAUCAUACAUCUGUAUGAUUGCAGUAUUUUCUUCCCUUUAAUAGGUUGUCUUUCUUUGUGGGGGUGGUGGUGAUAGUUUCUCUUAAAUUCAGAAGUUUUUCAGUUUGGCUUAAUUCAAUUUAUUCUUUCUAUUUCUUUCCUUGCUUCAGACAAAAAUGACUGUCACUGUCAUUGUCAUCCCAUUGCUCAUUGAUUUGCUCGAGCUGGCACCAGUAACGUCUCCGUUUUGAGACUUGUUGUUACUGUUUUUGCCAUAUUGAAUACGCCAUGGGUAGCUUGCCAGGCUCUACUGUGCAGGCGAGAUACUCUCGGUAGCCUGCCGGGCUCUCCGAGAGGGGCGAAGGAAAAGCAAAUGGAACCUGACUAUUAAACAAAAGGCAUAUUUCAAAGAACAAUGGGAGAAAGUGAGAAGACCCAAACAAGAAAAAAUACCCAGAAUUCAUAUUUUUAAAGGGAAGUAAAUUAUUUUAUAUCAAUAUUUGUACUAAGCAUCAAUGGCCUGAAGUCACCAAUAAAUAGACUCUGAGUGACUGAAUGGAGCAGGAAACAGAGCCCAACCUUCCUCUGUUUGGCAAAGACACACAGGGAGUGCAGGUUCACAUGAAAUGGUUGAAAGGCAAUUAUUCAGGCAAAUGGUAUUCUAGAAAUGGUAGAAAAUACUAUAUCGAUAAAAAAUUCAGGGUGAAAAUAUCAUUAAAACGGGUAGGAAUGGGCAUUAUAUAAUCUU